CUGAAUUUAUUUUCCUCUCUCAUUUAAAGCAUAGUAAGUGAAUAAACAAAUCAAAUUCGAAUUCUCCCGCCAUUGGAGUUGAGCUCUGAUUAGAACCAAACAAUGAAGGAAACUCAAACUCCUCGCAGCAAAGAAAUCUUCAACCGUCGUCACAAGGAUUCACCUUCUUCUAAAUCUUUUUCUGAACAACCAAAGAAGAAUCAGAAAAUUGCAAAGAGGAACUUAAAUGGAGAAUUCGCUUCAAUUUACGAAGAUUUUCCGGCUGAACCAGCGAUUGAAUCUCCAAUUCUCUCAACAAUUACUGAUGUCUCAAGUGAUAGCAAUCACAACGGAGAAUCAUUGGAUAGAUCCGGGAGUUCGGUAAUAGCAGAAAAUCAGUUAAUUGUUUUAUCAGAAGAGGCUUCCAGAUUGUCCGAUUGUACAACAACGUCGAAAAUCGCAACGAUUAAUGCUGAAUCUGUCAAUCUAUCAUUUGAUAGUCACAAAAGUUUCGACUUAAAAGGCUCGGUUGAGGUUGAUGUGAUUGUGAAUCUUCUUAAGCAAGCUAGAAAUGAAGUUGUUGGCUCGAAUGGUGUUUCUCCUUCAUCAAUGAAGCUUCUAGAUGCUCUAGUUGAAGCCACUGUGAGAGACCUUCAUACUUUUCCUGACCGAGGAGAUGCAAUCGAUGCGGUUCUUUCUAAUAAGCUUCGAAUUGUCGUCAUAUGCUUUGUGGUUUGGAUGAUUGGCAUGACUGCAAUCAUGAUUUGUCGUUCUAGCACUCACAACUCGUCUUCUCUCAAGUUUAUGCCUACCUGAGCUGUUAGGUUUAUAGUGGAAGGCAUGGAAGCGAUGCUUGGCAAGGCAUCCUGCAAUUUAUCUAGGCUGUGUCUGGAUGGAAGCUAUUUGCUGCGAAAUCAUAUUUGAGUCGAUGAAAUAUUUCUAGCUUUAUGUGGAAAGGAGUACGAAAUUUUAAGACGCAAAACAUUUGCCUUAGGAUUAGUCCAACCAAAAUUAAAGCAUGAAAUUUGAUCUUUUCAUGGUACAAGGUUGUCACUACUCACUAGUGUGUCAGUUCUAUCAUUUUGUAUGUCAUUUUUAAUAUUUACUGCUCUGGAAGUUCUGGUUGCUUGCAGUCUUUUACGGUUAAAAUUUUCGUAGUCAAAAUUGUAAACAUUGAUUUUUCAAAUUUCUUACCAUCAUUGUAUAUAGUAAAUUCAGCUGAUUAAAGCAAUAAUCAAGAAAUGUAUGAUAAAUGACAAACCAUAACCUUAUCAAAGAUGGUUUGUGGCCACUAAAACCUUCGACUCGAGAAAGAACAGUAAAUGAAAACCAAAGACUCAAGUGUCGAGACAUGUCAUAGGCACAACAAAAGCAGAAAGCAAGACUCUAGGAAAAAUAAGGCAAGUGUUAAAAAUAGGAAUAUAAGGUGAAGAAAUACAAAAAAAAAAAAAACAUAUAGGCACAAGCAAUAAUCAUGUCAAAGACAACUACCUACGGUCUAGGACACGGAUUUGUCAUCUCCAAUCAGCUCUAUCAUUAGUCAUGUCCUAAAAGAGAUACAACUUAUUCACAAUAAUUUCUAAUUUGCUCAUCCCUCAUUUUCUAAGGUCCACCAAGGCUUCUCUUUCCAUCAACUGUCCAUUCUUCUCACAAGUGCGUCGGCGAUUUUCCUUUGCACAUGUCCAAAUCAUCUUAAUUCUUUUUCACACUUUUUUGCAAAAAUGGGGACUUCCCUUUUGCCUUUUUCUCUGAAAACCCGACUUCUAAUUUUAU